UUGAACUCAGGCCCUUUCGCUUGCCUGGGAAGCGCCUUCUCUACUGAGCCAUCUUCCCGGCCCCCUGGAAAUUUCCUUGUCCGCACCCUCUGCCCUGAGAUUUGGGCUGUUCAGCAGUCUACCAGCUCCAGCAGACGUCAGGCUCAGCAGAGGCAAAUAAGAUAGCACAGACUCCUGGACCCAGCCCCACUAGAGAGGCCGGGUUCUUUAGAUCUCCCGUUAGGCUCUCCCCACCUCCCACCCCAAGGGUGUCUAAAGGCUGUAGAAGGGCUAGAGUAGCCUCCGUUCUCAGGCAUUCGGGAGCCUAGCCACCAGAGGGCGCAGCAGGACGGGCUUGGCGGCUCUCCUUUGCGGUCUAGUUCCUCCACUCCGGCUGGGGUCAUCAAGGACUUGCUGGCCCACCAACAGGCAAAGGUUGAGCUGUGUCCAGGCGGGGUGGCUCUUCCGCUGGGGCAGGAAGCGCGAUGGCUGAAAGGGGCUGGCAGCCGGCACUGAGCUCCUGCUGGGGCCUUGGUCCUUGUUCACCUGCACUCCAGGGCUCCAGAGGCCAGGGCUGGGCCUGGAAUCUGGGUCAACCCGACCGCCUCUAGGGGCACUAUUUACCCAGUCCUAAACUCAGAGUCUGUCGGUGGGUGGGAUACGAAAACUGAAAUCUGGUUAAGGGCAAAGCCUUGGGGACCCUCUUUGCCUCCCUGCGCCAGGCUCCGUCUCACCAAGCCUGGAGGAAGGGGUGGACCCCAGACGUCCAGCUGCUUGUUGAUUCUGAGUGCCCAGGAUGGAACAGGGACUGCUGGUCAGGGAUGGGUGCCAGCGACAGUACCCUGGUUCCGCAGCUGCGGGCAGCCCUGGUGAUUCAGCUUCCUUCUGCUGCCCCAGAUGGGGCGCCGCCCUGGGCUGGGAGGAAGGCAGGGAAGCUGGGUAGAAGGGGUGACGGAAAGACCAUAAAGGACCCUGUGGUCCUGUUCUGCCCGAUGUUGAGGUCACACAAUUUAACUGGCCGCGGAUCUGUUGAGCCUGUAACUCGUCCCUUCGGUCCUCUUCAGUGCCCUAUUCAUGUGGACGGCUUUGCGGGAUACUCCAGUGUACCGAGCACUGGGGUCUCUAAACGGUUGAGUGCGGAGGAGGAAGGAGGAGCCUCGCGGGCCGCCCGGCCGAUGGGGGCGGGGCUGCGGAGCGCGGCCUUGGGGCGGGGCGAGACGUCGGUGUUCCCGGGCGGGUCCUGGCUGGGGCGGCGCUGGGGUCUCAGCCCUACUUUACGGGUGGGGCGCGGAGGAGGCGGGGCUGCGAGCUGGGCUGGGCUGGGCUGGGCUGGGCUGGGCUGGGCUUUAAGCCGGGCGGGAGCUAGGAGCCACAGCCUCAGUCGAACAGCCCCGGAGGCACAUCUCCGGCCCAGGCGCCAGUCCUUGGGGAGCCGAACCGAGCUCACCUCCUAGCACUGGCCGGAACGCGCCGGGCCGCGUGUCAGCUGCAUCUCCCUGACGCUAUCGGAGGUAGUGAGCCGCGGCUUCCCGGGUACCACCAGGCGCGGAGCCCUGCUCGUCUCUGCCAGGCCUGCUCACCGCCUGAGCUCUCGGGACAGGGAAUCAAGCUCUCCACCCUCACGGCCUGGGGACGGAAGAGAAAAAAGGGAAAAGGAUUCUAUCGAAGAGCAUAGUGUGAAUGCUGGGCAAGGAAGAGAGCGGAAAUUUCAUCUGGCACCGGGGAAAGAGGUAAACGGAGCUUCCUAGGCCAGGCUUGGACACCAGCGUUCCCCGCCAUCAGCCACGACCUCGGCUCUCCCAGAUCUGUGGAACACUGUGAGCUUAGCUUCUAGACACUGCUGGCCAAGGCCUGGAAGCACAUCGGUGACCUCACCUGAGACUGGCCUAGGGCCCAAGAAACAGUAUCUGGCUUACCCCAAAGCUGGGGUCUCUAGUGGUCCGGAGCUGGUCACAGGGGAGCUAACCUCCUGCUCCAGCCCCACUGGUGCGGAUGUGCCGCUGUCCUCCGGAGCACCAUGAAGGCAGGAUGACCUCAGCUGAAGCAGCAGCAGUGACUGGAAGUGCUCGGGUGGCUGGACCCCCCGAGUGGUCCCCUGGCAGCCCCCAGGUCCUCAGGCGACCUGGCAGGGCCCGGGUGGCUGUGGCAGCGUUGGUGUGGUUGCUGACGGGAGCCACCAUGUCAAGCCUUAACAAGUGGAUCUUCACAGUGCAUGGCUUUGGGCGGCCCCUGCUGCUCUCAGCACUGCACAUGCUGGCAGCAGCACUGGCAUGCCACUGGGGGGCACGGCGCCCCGUGCCACGGAGCACCCGUCGCCAAGUGCUGCUGCUCAGCCUCACUUUCGGCACCUCGAUGGCCUGCGGCAACGUGGGCCUCAGCACUGUGCCCUUGGACCUGGCACAGCUGGCCACGACCACCACGCCACUGUUCACGCUGGCCCUGUCUGCACUGCUGCUUGGCCGUCGCCACCACCCACUGCAGUUUGCUGCUAUGGGCCCUCUCUGCCUGGGGGCUGCCUGUAGCCUGGCUGGGGAACUCCGGGCACCCCCUGCAGGCUGUGGCUUCCUGCUGGUGGCCACCUGUCUCCGAGGCCUCAAGUCCGUUCAGCAGAGUGCCCUGCUGCAGGAGAAAAGGCUGGAUGCAGUGACCUUGCUGUAUGCUACCUCGAUGCCCAGCUUCUGCCUGCUGGCGGGCGCCACCCUGGUGCUGGAGGCUGGUGUGGCUCUGCCACCCGCGCCUACGGACUCCCACCUCUGGACCUGUGUCCUGCUCAGCUGCAUCCUGUCUGUGGUCUAUAACCUGGCCAGUUUCUCCUUGCUGGCCCUCACAUCUCCUCUCACUGUCCAUGUCCUGGGCAACCUCACUGUUGUGGGCAACCUCAUCUUAUCCCACCUCUUGUUUGGUAGCCACCUCAGUGCCCUCAGCUACGUGGGCAUCGCACUUACCCUUUCAGGAAUGUUCCUUUACCACAACUGCGAGUUUGUGGCCUCGUGGGCAGUUCGCCGGGGACUGUGGCGGAGAGACCAGCCUGACAAGGGGCUUUGAGACCUGGGGAAGCUCGUGAGUUUCACCUCAGACAGCCCCUGCCUGAGUUCAACCAUGGCCAAUGGCUGUGGGAACAGGGACAGCAGGCAGCUGCUGCUGCAGCCAAGAGAGAUGGGCUCUUCUUAGAGGGUGCCUGGAAGGCUGGAACAGGGUCUCCCAGAGGGACCUGCCUCCCUCCCGCCUGCCUCACCUUGUCACAGACCGCACCCACCACUGGAUGGUGGGUCCAAGCCAGGCACAGUCACUGUGCUUGUCAGAGUAAUCGUUUUCAUUAAUAUCAACUACUAUGCCAAAAUUUGCUGGGCAAACUUGGACACCUUCCAUGGGUUACAAUGACAAUGAUGGUGAUAAUUCUUGACAGUUGUACAAUCCUUCCUCCAGCAGGGAGGGCAGCGGAGAAAGGGCUUCUUCCAGGGAGUUGGGAUGGUCUAUGCCAACUCCAGGCAGCUGCUGUGGCCUUGCUCCUGGGCCCCCCAGUUUUGGGUCUUCCCUCCUUAAAUAAACUAUUUUUUG